CUUAGGUCUGUCAACCCGGAAGUAGCACUGUCAGGCGUCCUAGCCUAGCUUGCUAGCUCAAACUGUGGGCUACGUCAAAUCAUGAGGGCUAUGAGACACUCACGCCAGUGACAGCGCUCCUCGCGGAGUGAGCUUUUUCAAAGGAGUCACCGGGAGAUAUUUUGCACGGUUUUCGUCUGCCCGCUCCGGCCUCGAAAUGGAGUCCAUGCUGAACAAGCUGAAGAGCACAGUCACCAAAGUGACGGCCGACGUCACCAGCGCCGUCAUGGGCAACCCCGUCACACGGGAGUUCGAGGUGGGCCGUCACAUCGCCAGCGGCGGUCCCGGCAUGUGCUGGAGGAUCUACAACGGCACCAAGAAAUCCACCAAGCAGGAAGUGGCCGUGUUUGUUUUUGAUAAGAAGAUGAUUGACAAGUACCAGAAAUUUGACAAGGACCAAAUCGUGGACUCCCUGAAGCGAGGGGUGCAACAGCUGACCCGACUGCGACACCCCCGUCUCCUGACCGUUCAGCACCCUCUGGAGGAGUCGCGAGACUGUCUGGCCUUCUGCACCGAGCCAGUCUUCGCCAGUCUGUCCAACGUGCUCGGCCACUGGGACAACCUUCCCAGCCCCGUGCCCAAAGACAUCAAGGAGUACAAGCUGUAUGACGUAGAGACCAAAUACGGCCUGCUACAGAUCUCGGAAGGUUUGUCCUUCUUGCACAGCGGAGUCAAGAUGGUCCACGGCAACUUGUGUCUGGAGAACAUUAUUCUCAACAAGAGUGGAUCGUGGAAGAUUAUGGGUUUUGAUUUCAGCAUUUCAUCCAGUAACCCGUCAGACACUGAUCCCAAAUACGUAUGUAAAGAAUGGGAGCCGAACCGGCCGCCGCUCUGCCUGCCCAACCCCGAGUACCUCGCCCCCGAGUACAUCCUGUCGGUCAGCUGCGACACGGCCUCCGACAUGUACUCGCUGGGUGUGGUGGCGCACGCCGUCUUCAACGAGGGCAAGCCCGUCUUCGCCGUCAACAAGCACGACAUCUUCAAGAGCUUCAGCCGGCAGCUGGACCAGCUCACCAACAUAAGUCCGGCGCUCUUGAACAAGCUCCCAGAGGAGGUCCGCGACCACGUGAAAAUGCUGCUCAGCGUCACGCCCAACGUGCGCCCCGACGCCGACCAGAUGACCAAGAUCCCAUUUUUCGAUGAUGUGGGCGCCAUGACGCUGCAGUACUUUGACUCGCUCUUCCAGCGGGAUAAUCUGCAGAAGUCACAGUUCUACAAGGGCCUCCCCAAAGUCCUACCGAAACUCCCCAAGAGAGUGGUGGUCUACCGCAUCCUUCCGUCGCUCACCUCGGAGUUCGUCAACCCGGACAUGGUGCCCUUCGUGCUGCCCAACGUGCUGCUCAUCGCCGAGGAGUGCACCAAGGACGAGUACGUCCGCCUCAUCCUGCCCGACCUCACGCCCGUCUUCAAGCAGCAGGAGCCCAUCCAGAUUCUGCUGAUCUUCCUGCAAAAAAUGGACCUGCUCUUGACCAAAACGCCGGCGGAGGACAUCAAGAACAGCGUGCUGCCCAUGGUUUACCGAGCUCUGGAAGCCCCGUCUGUGCAGAUCCAGGAGCUGUGCCUCAACAUCAUCCCGACGUUCACCAACCUCAUCGACUACCCCUCCAUCAAGAACUCCCUCAUCCCUCGCAUCAAAUCCGCCUGCCUGCAGACAUCCUCGCUGGCCGUGCGCGUCAACUCGCUGGUGUGUCUCGGGAAGAUCCUGGAAUACAUGGACAAGUGGUUUGUCAUUGACGAGAUCCUGCCCUUCCUGCAGCAGAUCCCCUCCAGGGAACCGGCGGUGCUCAUGGGAAUCCUGGGGAUCUACAAGUGCACCUUUAGUCACAAGAAGCUGGGCAUCCCCAAGGAGAACCUGGCCACCAAGACCCUGCCGCACUUGGUGUCACUCAGCAUCGACGGCAACCUCAACCUCAAUCAGUUCAACUCGUUCAUGGUGGUCGUCCGAGAGAUGCUGAGUCGCAUGGAGGCCGAGCACAAGACCAAGCUGGAGCAGCUCCACAUCAUGCAGGAACAGCAGAGGAGUUUGAACAUCUCCGGCACGGAGAAGCCGUCGGAGGACGCCAAGAAACCGCCGUCGUCGCACCAAAUCGACGACAUCUUCGGCAGCACGGGGGUGAACGGGAAGGAGAACGGAUCCUCCGCAGCAGCCCCGCAGCCGAAUCGAAUGUCUCUGACUCUGGAGGAGAAGCAGCGACUGGCUAAAGAGCAGGAGCAGGCGGCCAAACUGAGGAGUCAGCAGCCACUAGCGCCGCAGAGUAUCAAACCGGCUGCUUCGGCCAACUCGCAGGCGAAAGAUCUGACCAGCAGCCUCCUCACCAACAUGGCGUCCCUGAACAGAAUGUCCGUGAGCAACACACCGCGAGCCCCCAUGGCGCAGGCCUCGCCCGCCAUGUCCGCCUUCCCGGCCUCCCCCAUGGGCGCCCCGGUGUCCAACGGCUUCAACCCGGCAAUUGGCUUUCCGUCGGCGGGCAUGGGGAUGAGCAUGCGGCCUCCGGGUUCCGCCGGCUACGGCGGCAUGGCCUCCGCCGCCAGCACCCCAAACUUUGGCGCCCUGGCGCAGAACCACAGCCAGGUGAAUAUGUCGGCGCUGGACAACCUUUUCACAUCCAACAAGCCCAAAGUCUCCCUGAACCAAAUGGCGCCCGGAGGCGGCACCCCUUGGCUGGGUCAGUUUACUCCGGUGCAGAACGUUCAGCCCGCCUUGCCGGGGGCACCGGGAUUCGGGAUGCAAGCGAACCCUUUUUUCAGCCCGCAGAACUUUUCCCAAACCACCACCGGCGCCAACCAAAGCGGACUCAAGCACAGCACGUCCGCCAACAGCGACCUGAAAGACCUUUUUGGCUGAAAUAGACCCAAGGUGAAGUUGUGAAAAAGAGACCACUUUUACCGUGUCUAUUUUUGAUCGUGCUCACAUUCUGCACCCCAUUUGUAUUUGAAGGACAAUGUGUUACUUCUUGUAUGCUGUCUUGGACAAAGCUGUGGGUUUCUUACUCUUUUCUACUUGAUGUUCUGUGGGGCGCGCGCAGGAGUUGUGUUAAUUUAUGAAUCUGAUUUACCUUAUUCAGACUCUUUAAGGAUAUUCGGGCAGGAGGUAGCUCGACGUGUAGCAUCCGAGAAGGUUGGCCUUUUUGCAGGCCGUCUCCAUGGCAACAAAUCUGCACACACGCUCUCAUUUACCUUCCUUUAAAUGCAGUAUGACUGGAGUAUCACUUGUAGCUAGACGCUAAUGCUAACAAGGUGCAUUGUAGGCUCUUGUGCCUUACAGGAUUUAAAUUGAUUGUCUUACUUUCUGUCAAGGUGACCAAUGAACGUUGAGCUUUUGUCUGUCUUAGAAAUAUUUUACACAUGAAGUGUACCAUUCCUAUCGUCACUUUUAAAUAGUAAAAUAAGUUACGAUAUAUUUCAAUUUCAAAACUUUUCCCAUUUUUUUUCAUUAGGUGAUGUGGAGAGGUCCUCUGCAGUUUUUUUUGUUGGGUGUGAGAGCUUGAGAGGCCUUAGGUGAUGAAACUUGUGCAAUAAUAAUGAUUAUCUCAGAUGGUUUAUCCUGCACUGACCUCCGAUGUCCACCCAGCUCAUCAGAUACUCUUUAGAUUUUAAAUUAAAUGUGCACAGUUGUCAUUUUGUGUUUUCGUUGGAGGCCCGCUCUCUGAAAGUUUCUGGUCAUACCAACCACGCAUCCACUACUGCUGGAAUUUGUGUGUUCUCUGUGAUUUCAUAAUGAUCUGCGGUGGUUUGGUGAAACUGUACAUAUAAAGGAAAGAAUGCGAUCGUUCAGCGGUGUGUAGUUAUUUUGUGAUGGAGAAAAGUCGCUCAACUGCAAUUUACACAUCACAUAAUAAUGACAAUCCUUAAAUCUUCACUCGUUUAAAUACGAAAAGGGAAUACGUGAAUGUCUAAUAAAGUCUCCUUCAAUGACGAGAA